AUGUCCCAGCAACAAAGAAUUACUGAACGUUCAAAUCCUCUCACACAAGAUAUUGAUAUCGCCUCGAUGGAUGGAAUGGUUCGGCUCUUACGGACAUGUGAUGCUCAAAUGUUUUGUGGUUAUGAAACAUUUCCAUCGUGUUUUGAUGAGCCCACCAUUCAGGCCUUGUGUAAAAUAGCCUUCCGAAUGAAACAAUGUAUUGAAGAUUGGCGUUCAGGUGCUCCUGUAUCAAAUGUUUUUAUGAGUGGAUGUGGUACAAGUGGUAGAAUAGCCUACUUUUGUGCUCGGAAUUAUAAUUAUUGCAUCCGAAAAUUAUUUGAUGAUAAUGGUAAUGACGGAAGAAACAUUGAUUGUUUUCAAUAUAUUAUUGCUGGAGGAGUUAACGCUUUAGUGAGUCCUCAAGAAGCCGCUGAAGACAAGCCCGAGGUUGGAAAGAAUGAUUUAUUGUCACUCAUUUCAAAAAAUAAUACCGAGCGAGGAUUGUUUAUUGGAAUAACUUGUGGAUUUUCUGCAGCCUAUGUUGCAGGACAAAUUAUGUGUUUGAGCGAAGAUAAAUCCCUCAAUAUUGAUUCGGUUUUAUUUGGAUUUAAUCCUGUGGAACUGGCAAGAGAAUUACCCAUUGAAGGAUGGAGGGAUAAUAUGAUAUCAUUCAAAAAUGUGGUUGACACAGUUCAACACAAUCAAGCGAGAGAGGACGAAUUUAUUGUUCUCAAUCCUAUUGUUGGACCAGAAGGAAUUACUGGAUCCACCCGAAUGAAAGGAGGAAGCACAUCAAAAUUAUUACUUGAUGUGGCUUUUUCAGCAGCAAUAUUGUCCAUCCUCAACAAUAAUAAGGACAACAGACACCCAAAAGACACCUCAACACACCAUUUGAGAGAAUUUAUAAUCGAUACUCUUCAAGGAUUUGAAAUGGCAACAAGAUGUACCUACGAUUCGACAUUUACUCUAAAUCCUGAUACAAUCAUUCCCAAGCUUUUUGAAAAACCCAUCUCGUAUGCCAUUGACAUGGCUUCUCAAAGCUUGAAACAUGCUGCUUCCACACGAGACAACACCACAGUGCCAAGAAACGAGAAAGAGAUUGGUCAUAUUUAUUAUGUUGGAUGUGGAAAUGCAGGAAUUUUAGGUUUUAUUGAUGCUUCUGAGUGCGUUCCAACGUAUGGAGCUCAUCCCAUGGAUGUGAGAGGAUUUUUGAAGAAUGGAUGGAAUGAAAUUUUCCAAACACACUCUGAUCUUGACUCGAAUGUGACUAUGGAGAGCAAAGGAGAAAGCUUUUCUAUUUCAUUUUCUUAUUUCAGAGAGAAAGUAUUGGAACAAAUCAAUUCAAAUGAUUCUGUUUACUUUUUGGUAAUUGACAAAACAUUGAGCGAUGAAUUGUUGAAUGAAAUGAUUGACCUAUAUCAUGAAGUGAAAAAUACGAAACAAGCCUCCACUUGUUGGUUGAUAGUAACUGAGCAAUCACAUUCAGUAACUUCUCAGGAUCAUCAAUGUUCUGAGCAUGCCUCUGUGUUACCAAAAAUAUCAGAAUUACUCAAUAACUCUUCUCGAAUGUGUGAUCAUUCUCUCACGAAGAAGAAAACUCAUUCAAUUGUUGUACCACUUCAAACAUUGAGUCCUGUUCCCUAUUUAUAUGGCUAUGCAGAGCUCAGUUUAAAGUUGAUGCUUAAUGCAAUUACUACGGGUUCUCAUGUUCAAAAGGGAAUGACAUUUGGCAAUCGAAUGAUCAACUUGAAGGUUAGCAAUAACAAGCUCUACUAUAGAGCCAUCAAUAUUGUUUGCAAUAUCAUGCAAGUGAGCGAACAAGUAGCCGAAGAAUGUGUGUUAAGGGCAAUUUAUAAUGAUACAACACCAGAUAGUCAUUUGGUUUCUCAUCACAUCUCGAAGGCCAUGACUGUGAGCAAGGUUGUUCCAGUUGCUCUUUUACUUGCUGCUAGCAAGGCUUCAGGGGAAAAUAAGAGCGUUUUGGAAAACAAAAUUCGAGAAAAUUGA